AUGUGUUCGUACAGAGAUGCCUUUCUGAAAUUUGACAUUGUGAGUCCCCUCGCAAACCUGAUUAAGGACCCUGAGAAUGCCUGUCGAAAAAACGUGCACCAGGCACUCAACAGGAUCGCUGAAUUUCCCUCAGGAGCAGUGUUUAUGGUGUCUAUGGGGCUGGUGCCCAAACUGUUGCUGAAGGUCUCCGAUGAAGAAGAGAGGAUCCGUGCUUUAAUUCUCUCCACAUUAAGCUGCUGUGUGAGUGUGGACGCCCUGCCUGCGCUGGAGAGUGAUGCGGUUCCUGUUCUGAGAGAUCAGCUCUCUCACUCCUCCGCCGCCAUCCGCCGGGCAGCCACAUCUGCGUUAGUGGGAAUCAGUGUGCCUGCAGAUGGGAAGAUGAAGGUGUGUGAGGAGAAUCUUCUGCCCAUAUUAGUCAAGAUGCUGUCGGAUGAUGACCAAGGAGUUGUUGCUAAUGCUGCAGGGACCAUUAUGAACACAGCUGUCAUCACUAAGGGUAAAACCGAAUCACUGAACGCAGGUGCCAUCACCCCUCUGCUGCAGCUGGUGGGGAGUGAGAAUACGGCGGUGUGUGCCAAUGCCCUCCGUGCCCUUACAGUCCUGGCAGAGGUUCCUAGGGCCCGGGCACAGCUGCUGGAGCAUGUGCCUCUGCUGAAGAGCAGACUCACACACCCUAAAGCCAUCAUCCAGAGAGCUGCAUCCACUGCCAUUGAAGUCAUCUCCUGGAAACCAUGAGGAACACAAGAGUUCUAGACCUGGUGGUG